AUGAAACCGCACCACGCGUCCCCGGGGCACCCGCCCCAACAGAGCGAAGCCACCCCCCGCCCCGGGGGGCACUCCAAAGGGCCCCCCGGGACCCCCGGGCAACCCCCCCCACAACAGACACACACAAACCCCGGGCCCCAGGCGGACCCCCCCACGCCCCCCCGGACGACGCAACCAAAGGCAAGCCCCCACGGCCAACCACCGAAACCCGGCACCGGGGAAAAAAAGAGGGGACGCCCCCACGCCCCGGAGAGCGAAGCACCCCGGGGCCGCACCACAAAAGAAACCCAUUCCCGGGGGGCCCAGCCCCAAACCCAAACAGCAGCACAGCCCCCAAGGCCAGUAGCCCACGUCCGACCAAAAGGGGAACCCCCCAAAAAGGGAAACCGGGACGCGGGGGCCGCCGCAGGGGCCCCCCCGCGGGCCCCCCGACCCCGCCCCGGGGGGCAACAGUUUUUCCCCCGGGGAAAACCCGCCAGGACCCCCCUUUCCCAGCACCCCCCCCAGCCCCCCCGGACCCAAAAACCCCCAAACUACCCCCCCGCCCCACAAGACCCACCCCCUAGCCCCCCACUUUCACUAAGGUAUGGAGGGCCCAUAAAAAGGGGGCCCCGAGAGAUCCCCGGGCGAUGGGGGGGCAGAUUUCUGGGCCCAAAAUUAAUAUGA